UGCAGUUAAUUACGCCAUUUCAUUUUAGUACAAAUAUUAAUAAGUAAAAAAUUUUUAUCAGAAAGAAGUACAUACAGUAAUUAGUAAGAUGAGUACCAUCGUAAGGUUAUUCUGUAUUGUAGUGUUCUCGUAUUCAAUUUUAUCGACGACAUCAUAUAAGAUUCGCAAAGAGCAUCUGGGAUAUGGAGUGAGAAGCUUCCUUUCAGAUAUAUUAAGAGAUCCUGUCGGGAAGAUUAAAAAAGUUAUAUCCAAUUUUGGUAUAAGGAAUCCUUUAAUAAAUUCACUGUUAAAAGGUGUAGAAAAUCUGAAAUCUGGACAAGGAAUAUCUGGUUUUCUAAAAAUAUUUAUCAAGGGCUUCAUCAGCAAAUUGGAAGCUGUUUAUGAUAUACUUAUACCAAGCGGACGAGACAUCUUUGAGAUUCUAAGGCUGGGUACUAUGGACACUUUAAAAGAAUACACAAACAGUACUACACUGCAGAGUUAUAAUAAGGUUGUCUAUGGAGUUUUCGAUUUCAUGAGACAAGGCAUUAAAUCUGCUAAAGUCCACUUAUUACACUUAUAAAUCAAUUUUUUAUAUAUGUCGGUUGGUACAUAUAUAGAGAUUUUGUUAUACUUUUGUAAUAUGUUACUUUUUUGUUAAUUAAAUGAGAGAUAGAAAUAAAAA